AUGGGCGAACAGCUCAAGAGGGACCUCAAACGGCAACCUACAAGACAACAAAGUUCUACUCCUGCUAGAUAUCAGUCUGAUUCCGACGACACAUGUUGUGAUAUUUUUGAUCCACCCAAAAAACGAAAAAUGGUGACUGACACCAGUGAGGAGGAGGAGGACGCCAUCCCUCAGGCGGAGUCUCAGCGGCCAGGGACGGUGCCUGCAGUUUUUGUUGAAAUGGAUGAGGACAGUUUGAAGGCUCUGAAAGAGCUGCCAGGACUGGUGUCUUCCCUAAAAACAGUCCUAAACAAAAUGGAAGAUUCACCUUCGUCUUCCAUGACUUCCAGCCAAAGCGAAUCACCGCACACUGGCAGUCACACUGGCAGUGAAGAAGACAUGGUGUCAUUGGGCAACUCAUUAGUGCAAGUCCCAAAACGCCUCUAUCAGAGGCUGAGUGGGAGGAGGAUGUCCCUCUUCACACAGGAACUGGCCACAUUGGUGUUUGGCAGGGAAACCUUGGCCAAGGCAACCCUCACAGGGAAAGGAAAAAAAGGCGAGCUGAAGGAGCAGCUUGAGCCAGAAAAAACAAACGCAAUUAUAGAUGCAGUGAGGGAGCGAUUCCCCAGCACCGAGGUGGCAGAGAUCCGGGCCCUUCUACGAAGGAAGUGGCAACAAUGAGAGCUACAAGGCCUCUAGU